GCUACCAGGAAAAAUAGUUAGCUAAGCUUAUCUUCACAGAUGGUAGUGGGGCCAGGGAGCAACGCUGUAUUGUAGGGGCAAACUAUACAAAAAAUCAAGCUGCAUUCAUGAAUUUACUCACAUAAUUAUUCAUAUAGGGCCCGAUAUUUAUCGUUUAACAUAUAAAAAGGAGCAACUAACUCCUGUUUUGGCGUAUUAAAUGGAGGAGAAGAAGGAAGACGGAGACUCGGAGAUACAGGAACACGGACCCGAGCACUGGUUCUCAAAAUGGGAGCGGCAGUGUUUGGCCGAAGCGGAGCAGAGGGAGCCGAGCGAGGAGGAGGCCGACAACGACCAGGAUAAACUGUGGCACCUCUUCCAGAACUCCGCCACCGCCGUGGCACAGUUAUACAAAGACAGAGUAUGCCAUCAGCAGGGCCUGUCAUUGUGGGUGCCAUUUCAGAACUCUGCCACAGCAGUCACCAACCUCUACAAAGAGAGUGUGGAGGCCCAUCAGAGAACCUUUGAUCGGGGCAUCCAGACAGGUCACCAGCGCCGUAAUAAGGACAUGCUGGCUUGGGUGAAGAAGCGACGGAGAACCAUCCGCAGGGAGGAUCUUAUCAGCUUUCUGUGCGGCAAAGCACCCCCGCACAGGAGUAGCAGAGCCAACACCCGACUUGCCAUAGUUGCCCCGAGUCGGGCUAACUCACCAGCGGAGACCGGCUCAUCCGUGGAAGCAGACCUACAGCCCUUCAGGGAGGCCAUAGCACUGCACGGUCUGAGUGGGGCCAUGGCAAGCAUUAGCGUUCGCUCCGGUGCUCCGGGGUCUCCCACACAUGUGAGUGGGAGCAGCAGUAACGGAAGCGGCGCCGGCGUAGGUGCUUCCUCCGGAUCGGGGCCGGUGUGCCGCAGCCGGCGCAACGGGCUCCAGGACGUCGACCUGAACACUUUCAUCUCGGAAGAGAUGGCGCUGCAUCUGGACUCUACAGGCGCCGCCUCUGCCGGAGGGGGAGGAACCAGGAAACGAAACUCCACCCAGUGCAGCGACGUCAUCACAGACUCCCCUACGCACAAACGCAACAGGAUGAUCUGAUCUGCUGCCUGCCUCUGUGAGGGGGGGAAGCCUUCAGAGACAAGGCUAGGAGAGGGGGGAGUUGGAGGGGAUGACGUGGGACCGAUGCACAAACGGAUGGACAGACAUUCAGCUGCCUGGCUGUGCAGAAGAACGUGUGAAAAUGAAAACGCAGACAGAAGUUCCCAGUCUGCUCUUUCCAGAUGUUGAAUGAACUCCAUUCCUUGUCUCCUUUCCCUGCACUAUUACUACAAAUCACUGCAAUCAGAACUGUGUGUGUGUGUGUGUGUGUGUGUGUGUGUGUGUGUGUGUGUGUGUGUGUGUGUGUGUGUGUGUGUGUGUGUGUGUGUGUGUGUGUGUGUGUGUGUGUGUGUGUGUGUGUGUGUGUGUGUGUGUGUCAGUCAGAGAGGUCCGGACGCCAUCGCCGCCCCGGAAAGGAGACAAUGACGGAGAACUCAUUAUGGGAUACAGACAGUUCUCAAACGCGCACUGUGCUGCUUCGACGAGUAAAAGCCACUUUGAUCCUCGACACAUUUGUGCCCUUCCCUCCCUGAACCCCACUCAUCCUCACCCGCCACCUUAAUAAGGAAGUGAGGGCCAUGAUCGUCUCGCUCAGUGAACCGAGUUGCUCGCCAAACGUUGGAGCCCACACUCUGUCAGAGACUCGCAACCCUCUGCGACAAACACGUGAUCUUUCUGUUGCUUCACCGUCGUCGGUGGGGGAGCCGAAUCGCAGUCGGACACAUGUGGCAUCAUCCAGCUCAGUUACAUUUCUCCAGGUCAAUGGCACGUCACUUUACUCUCCUAACGGCUUCUUUGUGGCUCCAUUUAGCAAAGCCAGUUGCCAUGUUCCUUAGUUGAAACCACCAGUGUUAAAGUUGUAGGUGUGUUGCCUCUGUUAGCAGCAUUGAUAGCCAAGUUAAAUCUUUCUCCACCUUUUUUUCUGUUGAUUUAAAAAGGAAAGUAUAUUUUUAUUUUGUUUGUGAAUACAGCUUGUCAUAAAGCUUGCCCCUUUACCCUAGUCUUAUACAAAAAGCAACUGCUCUUUUACGUGAUCUUGUGAUUGUCCUGAGCUGCAAUAAGGAUUUCUUUGCACUUAAUUCUCACCACGAACUCAUGCAAACAAAUCGGCUCUUCCAUUGUAUCCCAGUUGUAGCCUCGAUUAGCACAUCACUCACUGCUUAGAGGAAGUCAACACUCUGUAGGACUAGAAACACAUCUUUGGUCCAAUAACUCUUCAGACAUUUCGCACUUGGGCUCCACAUGUAUUCAAAGAGUCUUUUUCCGCCUGACAAAUGAUUUAUCGGAAUGUAAUCGGUGCUGUAAAGAAAGCGUAAAUCAUAGAAAUGUUUACAGAGGUAGCGUUUCUAAAUCGACCCACCAAACACGCCAGUCAGUGCACACACUACAGCAUUAUCUGGCUGGAGUUGCUCUGCUUUUUGUAUCAGGGCCGUGUGCAUCAAUGAGGCGUGGACAUUUUUUUAAACAGAAGGUUGAAACUCCUCGCUGGUUUCAUUCAAACUGUUGUUGCCUUCAAACAUUUUGUAACAGUGAAGAGUCGGAGACGCUGAUAUCGCAUGAGCCCAACAUUUAAGUGUAUUCACAGUUUAAGUAAAAGGAACUGGGCUGAAUUUUUUUUAGGAUGUUUUGAAAGAUAUUUGAAUCUUAAGUUGUUUUUUUUGUGUGAACUCAAUUGGCCUUAUUUAGCAUAGGAUGCUAACAAAAGCUAAAUUAUUAUGAAUUCUUGAGUUAUUUAGUAAUUAAAUAUCCCCAGUGAUGCCCUGCCAUAGAAGUGAUCGAGUACAUUUUGCCUUCAAUUCACCUGUAGCUGACCGGUGGGACUUCACUGUUUCCUUCUCCUCUUCCCAUCGUUCACGCCCCUUCAACUUGUACGACUUGGAAAAGUGGCUUUCCUUUUAGUUGUAUAAAGCAUGCCAGUUUUUUAACUUCUGUUACAGUUUGGUCACAGAUUUUCAAUUUUCUUUUGCGUUUUAGGUUGGCUUUUAGAUUCAUACAUCAUAUCUGGCUUGUCUGUGGAAAAGAAAAGGCUGCAAGUUGUUGCAACUGUUAAAAUUAAGAGUUUAUUCUUGCAUACAAGGGAAACCACUGAGUGAGAGGGAUUAAAACAAGUAGCUCAUAAUGGAGAUUUGGUUUGCAUACAGAAAAAGUAUUUCAUGGUGAGGAUUCGUGGUUUACAUCUUUCAAAAAAGCUAGAAAUGUAUGUCCUGGUUAGCUUCAGCUAGCCUGAGGCUGGUUAAUAAUGUAACAUAGGAAGGGUCAAUGUUGAUGAAAUAGGAACCUCAGCCCUUAAAGCCCCCUGCACGAGCCAGUGUAUGGAGAUUAUGUGAAUCUGACCUGUCAACACGCUCUUUAUUUAAUCAGACGAAGCAUUUAGAAUAUUUUUGUUCUCUUUCUCCAGGCACAGUUUCUGUGCCUAGCACUCCACACCGACUGAAACCAAAUGGUGCGUGAUGUUACAAAUGAGUGGUUAUAACCUCCCUAGUGUUUCUGCUGCGUGACAACAAAGGGAAGAUGUGAAGUGGCUGCUAACAGGAAAAAUGAAUUAAGUCUCCCCCCCCCCCCCCCCAAAAAGGCUCGACUACAGAGAGUUGGUGGCGUCUUUCUAAUUGACCUGCAUUGAUUAGCUGGGUUAUAAUAGAGGGAGGGGGGCACUUUGUGUUUUUCUUUCUUCCCCCGGUCCAAUCACCGGCCUUCAUCCACAUUGUUCUCAAAAAGGCUGAGUCAUGCCACAUGUCUCUGGAGCCAACACUAUUAUCAGCUGUUUCUUGAUACUUAUUUGUUUUAAAAAGUAAUAAAUGGCUAAUCUAUAUACUUAACAUUUAAUUGUUGGUAUGAUAUAUAUGUGGUUCACAUUGUAAGAUAAAUAAAAACAUUGAAUUGAA